AUUCAUCGACGACGCACACGACGAUGUUCGCCACGACGACGAUGAGCGCCACGGCCGCCACUUUUUCCGCGCGAACGCGCGUCGCUGACGGUAAAACGAUCGCCGUCAAUGUGCGACGCGCUGGUGGCGCGCGAACGCGCGCGCCGUUGAGCGUGGUUGCCGCGGCGAAGAAUUUGUACUUCAACAAAAACGACGGGUCGGCGUUGAAGAAGAUGCAAAAGGGCGUCGAUAAACUCGCGAGCGUCGUGGGCGUGACGCUCGGACCGAAGGGUCGUAACGUCGUUUUGGAGUCCAAGUUCGGUUCUCCGAAGAUUGUGAACGAUGGUGUGACCGUGGCCAAGGAGGUUGACCUCGAAGACCCGGUUGAAAACGUCGGUGCGAAGCUCGUGAGACAAGCGUCGCAAAAGACGAACGACCAAGCAGGCGACGGCACCACGACGGCCACCGUGCUCUCUGCGGCGAUGAUUGCGGAGGGUAUGAAGAUUGUCAUGGCUGGUACUAACCCCGUGCAGCUCACGCGCGGUAUGGACAAGACGGUUAAGGCGCUCGUUGAAGUUCUUAAAGGGCUCUCCAAGGACGUCGCCGACGAGGAACUUGCGAAGGUUGCCUCCAUCUCCGCCGGCGGUAACAUGGAAGUUGGUGAAAUGAUCGCCGCCGCCAUGGCCAAGGUUGGUCGCAAGGGUGUGAUCUCUCUCGAGGAGGCGCGAUCCGUCGACAACAACCUGAUCGUCGUCGAAGGGAUGCAAUUCGAUCGCGGUUACAUCUCUCCGUACUUCGUCACGGAUCCCGAGCGCAUGACGUGCGUGUACGAUCAAUGUAAGUUGCUGCUCGUUGACAAGAAGAUUAGCACUGCUCGCGACAUGAUUGGCAUCCUUGAAGCCGCAAUUCAGCAAGGUUUCCCGCUCAUGAUCAUCGCCGAAGACAUCGAACAAGAAGCCCUCGCGACGCUCGUCGUGAACAAACUUCGCGGUUCGCUCAAGAUCACCGCCAUCAAGGCGCCAGGUUUCGGCGAGCGUAAGAGCCAAUACCUUGAAGAUAUCGCCAUCCUCACCGGUGGUACCGUCGUCAAGGAAGAGCUCGGCUUGAGCUUGGACAAGUGCGGCGUCGAAGUGCUCGGUAACGCCGCGCGCGUCGAACUCGGCAAGGAGUCUACCACCAUUGUUGGCGCCGGCGACACCGCCGCCGAAGUGGCUGCUCGCGUCAAACAAAUUAACCGCCUCGUCGAAGCCACCGAAGCAGACUACGAGAAGGAGAAGCUCAACGAACGUGCGGCGCGUCUUUCGGGUGGUGUUGCCAUUAUCCAAGUCGGUGCUCAAACUGAGACUGAGCUCAAGGAGAAGAAACUUCGUGUCGAGGAUGCGUUGAACGCCACGAAAUCCGCCGUCGAAGAAGGCAUCGUCAUUGGCGGUGGUUGCACCUUCUUGAAGCUUGCGGCGGCUGUCGAUGAAAUCAAGGCAACCUUGGAGAACGACGAGCAACGAGUCGGUGCGGACAUCAUCAAGCGUGCUUUGUCCUACCCGAUCCGUCUCGUCGCGCACAACGCCGGUGUGAACGGUUCCGUCGCGUGCGAGAAAGUCAUGUCCUCUAAGGACCCGAACUUUGGUUACAACGCGGCGACUGGGGAGUAUGAGGAUCUCAUGAAGGGUGGUGUGCUCGAUCCGACCAAGGUCAUUCGUUGCUCUUUGGAGAACGCUUGCUCCGUCGCGAAGAUCUUCCUUACUUCCGACGUGGUGGUGUGCGAAAUCCCGGAGGAUGAAGAGCCCGCAGCUGGCGGUUCGCCGAUGGACAACUCGGGCUACGGCAACUAAGCAACGCGCGAUAGAACAAAACUAGAGGCUUAACUCGUCGCAGUGAGGUCAACAAUUACACCGUUAAUAUA